AUGUUAAAUUCCACCAUCAUGAUGGGAUUUCUCCUCACGGGGUUUUCUGAUGUGUGGGAAUUACAGAUUUUGCAUGUAACCUUCUCUCUGAUGUAUGUAGUCACUCUGAUGGGGAACAUUAUCACUGUUACUGUCACCACCCUUGACAGGAGUCUUCACACACCCAUGUACUUCUUCCUCAGGAAUCUGUCCAUCCUGGAUGCCUGCUACAUUUCUGUAACAGCUAACUCAUGCAUCAAUUCCCUGCUUGACAACAGCACCAUUUCAAAGGCUGGGUGUGUAGCUCAGGUCUUCCUAGUGGUUUUCUUUGUAUAUGUGGAGCUUCUGUUUCUGACUAUCAUGGCCCAUGACCGCCAUGUGGUAAUCUACCAACCCCUUCACUACCCUGUGAUCAUGAAUCCUCAAAUCUGCAUCCAAAUGACUCUGGCUUCCAUACUCAGUGGUCUCAUCUAUGCUGGUGUCCAGACUGGCAACACAUUCCGGCUACCCUUUUGUCAGUCCAAUGUCAUCCAUCAAUUUUUUUUUUAUAUUCCCUCCCUGCUAAAUAUAUCCUGCUCUGACACCUUUAGCAAUGAGAUGGUGAUCAUUGCCUCUGGUCUGGGGAUUGGUGGUGGCUGUUUAAUCUACAUCAUUAGGUCUUAUAUUUACAUAUUUUCUACUGUUUUCAAAUUUCCAAGUGGAACAGACAGGAAAAAGGCUUUUUCUAUCUGUGUCCCUCACAUCCUUGUGGUGUCUGUCUUCCUCAGUUCAGGCUUUUAUGUAUACAUGAGGCCAUCUGAAAAUUCUUCCACUAUCCAGGACAUGGUCCUUUCUGCCUUCUAUUCCAUAAUUCCCCCACUUUUCAACCCUAUUAUAUAUAGUCUUAGAAAUGAACAAAUAAAAUACGCCAUUAAUAAAAUGAAGAGAAUGUUUAUUCAGAAAAUGUAUAGGAAAUUGCUGAAGCUCACCCUAAAUUAUUGA